AUGGGCCUGAGCACAAAGCCACUCGUCAUUGAUGGCAAGGACCAUCUUCUCGGAAGAUUGGCAUCCACUGUUGCCAAGCAGCUUCUUCUUGGACAGAAGGUUGUUAUUGUCCGCUCGGAGGCCAUCACCAUCUCCGGAAACUUCCACCGCUCCAAGCUGAAGUACCUCUCUUUCUUGAGGAAGCGCCUCAACGUUAACCCGUCUCGCGGCCCAUACCAUUUCCGCGCCCCGUCCAAGAUUUUCUGGCGCACGGUUCGCGGUAUGCUCCCCCACAAGACGAUCCGCGGAAAGUUGGCCCUCCAGCGACUCCGAUCGUACGAGGGAUGCCCUGCCCCAUACGACAAGACCAAGAAGCUUGUCCUGCCCACCGCUAUGCGCCAUAUCGCCCUGAAGCCUCGCCGGAAGUUCUGCACUGUCGAGCGUUUGGCCCAUGAGGUCGGAUGGCAAUACAAGGAUGUCGUCGCCAAGCUCGAGGCCAAGCGACACGUCAAGGGAGCCGCCUACCACGAGGAGCAAAAGUCGCUGCGAAAGCUGAAGAUUCAGGCUCUUGCUAAUGCACAGAAGAAGAUUGCCAAGUACCAGCAAAUCAUUGAAAGCUACGGCGGACAU